AUGGGCAACUGCACAGGAGUGUUUGGUUCAUGCGUAGGAGAAGAUCAGAACGCAAUUAAAAAAGUUGAUAAGGAUAACAUGAAAAAGGCAUUAGCAGCAAAUUAAAAUCUUCAGGGUAGUAGUAUGGAUGCUUAUGGUAAUUAGCAGCUGAAUUAAAGCAAUCAAUUCGAGGUGGGCUAUGAAAAUUCAAACUAAAAUAGAUCACCUGAUCAAAAUCACGCUGGAGGCUUCUACGAGCAUAGUGAAUAAAGAAUAAGAAAGCCUCCAUAAACUUUGCCAACCGGAGCUAUAUAUGAAGGAGAAUGGAAAAAUGAAGUCAGAGAUGGAUAUGGCAAGCAAGAGUGGCCUGAUGGAUCUAGAUAUGAAGGUUACUGGCUUACUGAUAAGGCUAACGGACUUGGUAAACUGAUUCAUGCAGACGGGGAUAUAUAUGAGGGAGAAUGGAAAGACGACAAAGCAAACGGAAAAGGAAAUUAUAUGCAUGCAAAUGGAGCUAAAUAUCAAGGAGACUGGAAAGAUGAUAAGUAGCAUGGAUUAGGUAUCGAGACUUGGCCAGAUGGGGCAAUUUAUGAGGGAAAUUAUCAUGAGGGUAAAAAAAAUGGAAAAGGAAAGCUUACUUUUGCUGAUGGUUCUGUUUAUGAUGGGUACUUUUAGAUGAAUGAAAUUUGCGGUUAAGGGACAUAUUAAUGGAGUGACGGAAAGAGGUAUCAAGGGGAAUGGAUCAAUAAUAAGAUGCAUGGAAAAGGACACUUAAUUUGGCCUGAUGGAAAGGAAUACACAGGAGAAUUUGUUGAAGACAAAAGACAUGGUCAUGGUAAAUUUAAAUGGAAGGAUGGGAGAGAAUAUGAAGGUUAAUGGCUUAGAGGAAAGCAGCAUGGUGAAGGAAUAUAUAGAAAUGCAAAAGGUGAGGAAAGAAAAGGAGAAUGGGUCGAAGGAAAGAGAACCAAAUGGUAAGAUUGA